CCCCCCCGACCUCGUGUACCUGCCAGCCGAACUCAAGGUGCUGGACAUUCCAGACCAUUUCCGGCUGCAGCGGGUGGAUCGGUACCUGCCGGGAAAUGCUUCCCUGGGCUCCCGCUCUGAGACUUACCUCCUCCUCCAUCACCAGCCCAUGGCAAAGCCUCUUGUCCAAGCCACCUACCUGCCCUUCACUGCCCAACAGGCGGUGCCGGCAGCCGAUCCCCACCACAGGUACGGCUCUGCGGCCUGGGACGUCCGAGCCGUGUCCAUUGAGGGCACAGUUUCUCCAGCUGAGCCGUAUGCCAGGGUCCUCUUCCACCUCAAGGGGCAGGACUGGCUGCCGGGACGGCACGACCUGCCCUGCGUCUCCCUGCAUGCUUUCCACCAGACGCGGGCUGUGCAUGGAGCCUGCCGCCUCCAGGCACCCCUGGGAGUGUGCGUGGUGGAGCUGGAGUUCCCCCCACGCUGGUUCUCUGCCACACACCCCUCCUCACACAGCCGGCGCAGAGCUGCGGAGCCCGCCCAGCCCCCUGAGCGAGCCGAGCUGUACUAUAGCCUGGGAACUGGGGAAACGUCUGCAGAGUGUAGCCAUGCAGGGCCCCGGGAGAGGCCCCAGCUGGGCGCUGAGGGCACCAAGGAGAGACUGCACUAUGUCGGCGCUGUGGAGCUGCGAGCCACGGAUCCGCCUCGGCGUCAGGAAGUGCGGCUGGAUGACAACGUGCUCAUCCGGGUCCCCGACAUGGCACUGCGGCCAGGGCAGCUCUUCACGGCCACCCUGAUUCUCCAGCAGAACUUCACUGCCGACCUGCUGACCCUGAGGAUCAAGGUGAAGAAGGGGCUGCAGGUCCUAGCUGCCCGUCCCGCCGUCCCCGAGGCCUGGACGGCCAAGCUGGACAAGUUCAAGGGCUCCAAGCAUCACACCGCUCUGGUCACUUGUCGCCGGCUGGAUGCUGGCCAGUUGGACUGGAGGGCAGCAGAUUUCCCCGAGUUCCUCUACCUGGAUUUGGCGGUGGAGAACGGCACAAGCGGCCUGGCCUCCACGCGCCCUGUCACCUGGCAGGUGGAGUACCCUGGCCAGGACCCUGAAGCCGAGAAGGACAAGAUGGUGUGGGAGAUCCAGGUGUCGGAACGUGACGUCAGGGCGCUGGUCCCGCUGGUGAAGGAGCAAGAGAUCGUGAACACCGCCCCCCUGACAGGGAUCCCCCAGGCGGUGCCGGUGAAGCUGGUUGCUGUGGAGAUGGGGGGAGCUGUGUUCGAGGUCACCGAGCAGAUGGGGUGUGAGUCUGCCAACAAACAGGUCCUGAAGGUGACAGACGCGUGCGACUCCGUCUACGUGGGGGGCAAGGAGAGCCGGGGCGCCCGUGGGGCACGGGUGGAUUUCUGGUUCCGCCGGCUCCAUGCCUCGCUGCUCUUCACCGUCUGGGUGCCGCUGCUGCCACUGCGUGUCGAGCUGACCGACACCACACUGGAGCAGGUGCGCGGCUGGAGGGUGCCCGGUGCUGCUCCAGACAGCAGUGGCCUGGCGGAGCCCGAGGAGGCUGGGGAAGAGGCGGAGAGGCGACCUCGUGGCUGCCGGCUCCAGUACCAGCGCGCCGGCGUCCGCUUCCUGGCGCACUUUGUGGCUCACCCGCUGGACGGUGGACGGCACCUGACCUACAUGCCAAGCCCCGACUGGCUCCUGGAUGUCUCCCACCUAGUGGGUGGGCAAGCCAAGGUGCGCUCCCCCGUCUCAGACUCCAUCCUGGGCGAGCAGACCCUGGUGGUGUCGGACGAGAAGGUGGCCGUGUCGGAGCUGCAGGCCCAGCUGGUGUCAGGCCUCUCGCUGGUGCUGAGCACAGAGCCGGGACACCCCGACGUCCUCACCGCCACCUGCCAGGCACUCUCAGCCCUGCACUCCCCAAAGCAGGAAGCAGCACUCAGUGUCUGGCUGGCAUUCACCGACCACACGCUGGCCCCCGUGGAGCUCUAUGGCUGGCGGGACGUGGCGCUCUCCAUCUCCUCCCUGGACCCUGGCGUGGCCUGGGUGCGGCCAGACGAGGAGCUAGCUCGCCCGCUGAUCGUGGCCGAGGGGCCGGGCCAGGGGCCCCUCCUGCAGCUGGGCCUGCACACCGCGGACACCUGCCGCAAAGGCAAGCACCGGGCACCGCUGGCUGCUGGCACCGCCUGGCUGGAGGUGGGCGUCAGCCGGCGGCUCCCAACCCCCGGUGGCUCACGGCCCCGCGAUCCCCGCCCGGAGUCCCCCUUCCAGCGGGCCGAGGGGGCCAUGUCGGGGGAGGCGGUGACAGCAGCAGCUACGGAGCCCAUGGUGGGGCCCCAGAAAUGGGCCCCAGCCGGGGUGGGACCCGACCUGACCAAGUUUGAGGGGCCCCAGGGCGGCACCUCUUCCGAGGAUGACGGGCCUGGGGAGGAGGAGGAGGAUGAGAUGGUGAAGGCCCCCGAGCGGGUGACAGACCUGGAAAUCGGGAUGUAUGUUCUCCUGGGCGUCUUCUGCCUGGCCAUCUUCAUCUUCCUCGUCAACUGCAUUGUCUUUGUGCUGCGCUAUCAGCGCAAGGAGCCCCCUGAUGCCGGGCCGGGCCUGGCCCCCUCCACCCAGCAGCCCCACAACUGGGUGUGGCUGGGCACCGACCAGGAGGAGCUGAGCCGCCAGCUGGAUCGCUGCAACCAGCACCAAGAGCUCAGCCCCAAUCCCACCCCCGACCCCUCCACCCCUGCCAAAGAUGGUGGCUGCUGCUGCUGCGGGACUCCCCCGGGCACGGAGGGAGGCAGUGGGGAGGCUGGGGCCCCUGAGGUCACGGGGCCUGACGGGGGGGUCUCCACCAGCACUUUCCUCCCUGCGGUUCUGGGGAGCCCGGCCCCCCCCAGCACCUUGUCCCGGAAAGAGGUGGCUGCACCAGGGGGCAGGCGUAAGCGGGUGGAGUUUGUGACCUUUGCCUCGCCCCGGGCCCCUGAGGGCGCCGCGUCUCCCCCGCCCUCCUCCGCCCCCACCAUCCAGUCCAUCCUGGUGGCCAGCGAGGACGACAUCCGCUGGGUCUGCGAGGACAUGGGGCUGCGGGACCCUGACGAGCUGAGGAGCUACAUGGAGAGGAUCCGGGGCAGCUCCUGACCUCGGCCCCCCCGCACCCCACUGAUACCGUGCAGGGCAAAGCAGUAAGGGACCAGCCCCCGCUCCCAUUGGCCACCCUCCCAGGGAUCUGCACUGGGAUCCACUGGGCAUUCUCUGCCCAAACCUGCUCCCUCCCAGUCAGUGUUCGGAGGAGAGCACUGCCCCCUGGCGUUGCUGCCAGGGGUCAGGGCUCUACCCACUAGGGACGAGUCGUACGCCCUUGGAUCACUGGGACGCAGGGCUGCGUUCUAUAGUGACUCUGUCUCUGUCCCGGAGAUCUAGCCUGGGCCCCCUCAGUUGCUACCUUGAUCCCAGCUGAGGCCCCUCUUUCCCUCUCACUGGAGGGAGUUUGACCUCCUGGAUUUGGAACCCAGGCAUCCUGGUUAUCGCGCAGGUUCUGGGGGUGCUUUCCCCACUGGUCUCCAACCCACCGAGGGGCAAGCCGGUGCCGGAUUCCCAUUUUGCUUUGGCUCUCAUUGCAAUGUUGUGUUGAUUGUGAUGGUUUUCAUGGCGAAUGUCCUUCCUGUGGUCUGACCCUCGGGAUAUUCUCCCCCCCCCGCCCAUCUUGCAAGGGUGGGCCCCCUCCACGGGGGUACCAUCCGGCCCCCUUCACCCUGGCCCUGCGUUCGUUUUGUACGAUCUCUGGCAUUUUAUACCUGUAGCGUCAGGAGGCUGCCAUGACGGGUCCUUUAUUUAUGGAAGAUUUUUAAUUCUUAUGUUGUUACAAAAAUAAAGUAUUUAAAAACAAAUACCCACCCCCUGUGCGGAUGGGGCAGGGGGAACCUUUCCAUCCUUCCCUGCCUUUAUACUCAGAGCACCCCCUGGGUGGAAGGAGGAGAUGAGCAGCUGCAGGCUCCCUCUGCUAUCGAACUUCUCCAGUCACUCGGCCUCAUUCUCAGGCCCCAUCUGCCACCGUAGGCCAUUCUUCCACUGGACUGUAGAGGGGAAUGGGGGAUGGCCCCUUGAGAAUAUCCCCCCUGCACUGAGGGGCCUUCCCAGCUGGUAAAGAAUUGGGAGAAGGGCCUAGCUACCAGCCCCCAGUAAAUGAGGUGGAUCGUGGGCGUAGCUGAAUUGCAUUCACUGUGGCUGUUACCUGCUUGCCACAGGAAGCAGCUCAUGAAUCAGAGCAGCCCUGGGGCUGCUCUAACCUAUGCCAGGGCCAGGCACAGCCCAAGAAUACAGGGAGCAUGACAGUGGCUUAACACCAGCCCUGUGCUGGAGGCUCGAAGAGAUGUCUCCAUGAAGAGUAACAUGCUGCGUGUGAGGUCAGCAGGAACAUAUGUGCACUUGAUUCAUAUCCCACACAGCCGCACGGUGAGAAUGGGCCUCUUAAG